AUGCCUAUAAAAUCACCCUUUGAGGCUUCCAUUGCCAAACCUGGACAAGGCAAUGUUGUCCUUUCACUACUGCCUCCUUCGAAUCCUACCUUGACAACUCUCACCUACAAAUACCCCCUCAAGCUCCUCACAAGAACACCCGGCUACGUACCUCAAUCCUCCGCUCUAUCAUGUCCCGUUUCCCGUCCAGUCCACCUCUACCUCCUCACCUAUGGCGGCGGCCUCCUACCUGGUGACCACAUCGAGGUCUCAAUCAAACUCGAACAAUUCACAAGAAUGGUCGUAACAACGCCACAAGGAACCACAAAGAUCUACAAAACAGAGCCCAGCAGAAGCGUCAAGGGCCGCCGCGCCCCGGGGCGAGUAUUAUCAGACAAGAGCCGGCAAACACUAGACGUACGGAUCGAAAAGGGAGCCGCAAUGUGCUACCUCCCCGAUCCAGCCGUGCCAUACAAGGACAGCCGGUACGAACAAGUCCAAACAUUCACAGUCGACAGCACAACAAAGGACUCCCAACGGAGCAGCCUCUGCAUGCUAGACUGGGUGACAGAGGGACGCAAAUCCCGGGGCGAGAACUGGGACUUCCACCUCUGGAAAGGCAAGAACGAAGUCUACAGCGUCGACGAAUCAGGCAAGAAGAAGCUUCUGCUCCGUGACUCACUCAUCCUUGACGAAGAGCUCGACGAAGGAUCGUUAGAAGACGAGCAUGAGACGCUGAACCGCACUGGUGUCAUCCGGGAGCGGACACGACCUCACGGUAUUGUGGGCACGUUGAUUCUCUACGGACCUGUGUUUGAGCGCCUUGCAAAUUUCAUCAUGGAUCGGUUUACGUCGCAGCCACGGAUCGGAGCUCGGAAUUGGUCAUCGUCCGCUCCUGCAGCUGUAGAAGCACCUCCAAAUUUCGACUCGAAGGUCACCUUCACCGCUGCUCGUGUACGAGCAGGUUUUGUCCUGGUUAAGUUCGGGGCCGAUAAUUUCGAAACAGCCAAGGAUUGGCUGGGGAAUAUUCUUCGUGAGGAGGGAACCGUUCUCAACGAAUUUGGGGAAGAAGCAUUGUGCUGUUUGUGA